AUGUCAAACGCUCUUGACUACGACGCGGAAGAUCCUCUCACUAGCACCGUCAAACCAUUGACAAACUCAACCAUUACUGUUAGAGUCAUCAAGUCGUUUCCCUACAGGAACAUCAAAAAUAUUGUCUUUUCUGAUUAUGACUUGAAAAACAAAACUUCUGAGAAUUUGUUAGAGGACUCGCUCGCUCAUAUUCGCAAUACGGGUGCCUUCAGGCCCUUCAGAAACGUAGAGUACGACACGCUCAAGGUAUAUACACAUGCGCAUGGCUCGAAAACCGUGAACCUUGUAAUCAACUUUGACCAUGACGACGACUGGACUCUUGACACGAAGGAUUCAACUAAGAAGCUGGUGGAUUACGGUAUCGGUAAUGAGACUGAAAUUUCACUCUUCAAAUGGGACGACUAUGUGACUUUCAAGGCCAAUCCCCAAGAAAAAUGGUGA